CGCGGGGCCCAGGUAGGGAGCGAAGCCCGCGCUGAAUCGGAGUUCCUCUACCCGGCAACAGAGGGGACUCUGGACAGAGACGUGACACCCACCUGCCUCUGGGCUUGGGCCUUUCUAAGACGUCUCCGCUGCAGCUGUCCACCCAGGAUGCCUCCUGAGCGCCUGGGACCAGCCCUGGAGAGUCCGGUGAUGGAUGAGCUCUUCGUGCAGCGCACCAUGGCCCAGUCCAAGGCGAAUGGCUCGCACUACGCGCUGACGGCCAUCGGCCUGGGCAUGCUGGUCCUGGGCGUCAUCAUGGCCAUGUGGAACCUGGUGCCCGGGUUCAGCGCCACGGAGAAGCCAGCGGCGCCGGCCAACAAGACGGAGGUCGGCAGCGGCAUCCUGAAGAGCAAGACCUUCUCCGUGGCCUACGUGCUGGUCGGGGCCGGGCUGAUGCUGCUCCUGCUCUCCCUCUGCCUGAGCAUCCGGGACAGGCACCGGCAGCGGCAGGGCGAGCAGCGAGCGCGCAGCCAGCUCCCGCCCGGUGCCGGGCCACCCGUCCCCGAGGAAGACAGCCAGGAGGAAGAGGAGGAGGAGGAGGCCUCCUCCCGGUACUACGUCCCCAGUUACGAGGAGGUGAUGAACACAAACUACUCGGAAGAGAGGGAGCUGGGCCAGAACCCCAGAAUGAGCAUCUCCCUCCCCUCCUACGAGUCCCUGACGGGCCUGGACGAGGCGGCGCCCACGAGCACCAGGGCCGAUGUGGAAACCAGCCCCGGGAACCCACCCGACAGACAGAACUCUAGGUUGGCCAAGCGCCUGAAGCCUCUGAAAGUUCGGAGGAUUAAAUCCGAGAAACUCCACCUCAAAGACUUCCGGAUCAACCUCCCGGACAAGAACGCGCCCCCUCCCUCCAUCGAGCCCCUGACGCCCCCUCCCCAGUACGAGGAGGCGCAGGAUAAGGCCCCGGACGCCCGGCCACCUGACUGAGUGGCUCUCCCCGGCGUGUGGCCUCCGGUCCACUCCCACCUCCAGCACCACAGGUUCCACUCAGGCCAUGUCGGCAGAGCCAUGGGCCAGGUGCACACGGAGCUCUCUGGGUGGGUGUGGGUGGCGUGGGGGCGGGUUCUGCCUGUGUGAGGGACCCCACGGUUCUGUAGGGCCUUAGGUAGCGGGAGCACUGUUUCCUGGAUCCCCUCAGAAGGCCUGUCCUCGCUGUGUCCUCCUCAUCCCUCCUCAGCUCAGAAUUGUCAACGGGAUCGGGACACAGCGGAAGGGAGGGUCACCCGUCAGCAGGUUUUGAUCCCCUGGGAUCAUGUUUCAGAAGAAAGUGAGUCAUGCCUUUGCUUUCUUCCCUGGAAUCUCUAGCUGGGCCAGGAAGAUGACUCAGGUGACUUACAGACAGGAUGCAGACCUGGGGCAUCUUGUGAAUGAAGGGAGACAGGAGGCGCCGUGACUGAGGGGUGAGGCCCGGACGAGAUGGUGCCGGCACCUUGGGGCCCGGUGAACUUCACAGGAGGAAGAAGACAGUCGCCCUCACUGGCACACAUCAAGCCUCUCCCCCCAGUGGGAUGGCAGAGAAGGAAGACCACCCGAGACAUUCCAAUAUGCAGUGCCAACUGAGCUUUUUGUAAUAAAAGGUUUUAUAUGUA